ACAACACUGAAAAUGCCAUCCACAAAACCCUCAAAGCGAAAACACGUCACAACAGCUUGUGUCCCCUGUCGCGAGAGCAAAGUAAAGUGCGAUGGCAAAUCUCCCUGCUGCUCCAACUGUCGCUUGAAGGGGAAAAAGUGCCAUUUUCCGCUUGGGGGGGAUAAACGACAAGUCUCCCACCGAGCAGCAAUCAACCUCCUCGCCAGCCGCGUGAGUCAAUUAUCGCGUUUUCUGGUCGAGAAGGGAUUGCAGCCUCCGCCUAUGCCAGAUGGACAGGAGAGAGAUCUAAAGCGGGUUCUGGAUGUGUUGGAUCUGACGCAGAUUAAUUUCAAGUUGGACCGAUAUGAGGAUUUGAAUUUGGAGUUGUCGGGCAUGCAGCCUGCUGUGAGGGCUGUUCAGGAUGAGAUUGAGGCUGAGGAGGACAGCCUGGCUGUACCGACAGUCGAGGAUGAAGAAAGGCAGAAGAGCUCACUGGACCUGGGCUGGGCAGCACUUGGUCUAGAUGAUCCCCAGCCAGCACCGGAACUGUCUGACGACGUGUCUCCUGGAGAUGGACAGGACCGUUCAAAGCAGCCAGAUACCCACGCACAAGAAGACGACAACACAUCCAGCGAAAACAGCGGCAUUGACGAAGUCGUCAACCAACUUUCAGACCGAAUGGGGACGCUCCAACUCGCCCCUGACGGGCAAAUCCGAUACUACGGCCCAACAUCUAACUUUAAUAUGAUCACCAUGCCAGAACCAGACAUGUUCACCAUCCACCGGACGGUUCGAAAUGAGGGCCUGGAGUACCUGGAGCGACUGGGUAUUGACAAACCAGUUCCUGCGGAGGUGGAAGACCAUCUGAUUAAUCUCUACUUUACAUGGCAUGAUCCUGCGUUUCACGUUGUGGACAGGGGGAUUUAUGAAAAGGCGAGAGAGAAGUGGCAGUUGGAGAUGGAGGAUACGCCGUAUUAUUCAGAGGCGUUGACGAAUGCGAUGUGCUGUCUAGGAGCUGCCUGUGAAGUCCGCUAUCAUCCGACAUUCGUCACAUUCCCUCAAUCACUUUCGGAUUUCUUCGCCGAUCGAGCAAAGGCUUUACUCGAGAUUGAACUGGACUGCCCGUGUCUGGCAUCCAUCCAGGCAAUGGUUGUUCUCAGCGGUCAUGAUAUUGGCUGUAAGCGUGAUGCUCGGGGGUGGUUAUACAGUGGAAUGGCAAUGCGACUUGCCUUUGCGCUUGGACUACACAUGGAUGCAUCGUCGUAUGUUGAAAAGGGAUCUAUCAGUUCUGCCGAGGCAGAAUUACGCCGCACGGUGUUUUGGGGGACAUACAUCGUUGACCAUCUCUGGGGCUUCUAUCUCGGCCGUCCGUUCAGAGUCAAUAUGCAGGAUGUAACAGUCGAGAAGCCCAUUUCGUCUACUUACAAUCGAUGGUGGCCGUACGUAUCAUCCGAAUCUACAGGCGAAGAUUCAAUCCAGGAUGAUCCAACUGGGCUUUUGAGCGAGCAGAGGAUUCUGCUGUGUGAGAUGAUGGAGCCAUUGGGACAUAAUCUAUAUGGACGCUCAAAAAUAACAAACCACGAACUCCAACGCCUCAACGAAGAAACAACCAACAAACUCUUACAUUGGCAUUCCACCCUCCCUGAUCCAUUACAGGUUAAUCUUGACGAUCUGACAACGCCUUAUCUCCCUCAUGUUCUCCUCCUCCACAUGCAAUACCACCAAGACAUAAUCCACGCCCACCGACCCUGGAUGUCAAAAAACUACAUUCAACCCCAACCCCCCCAAGGACCCGGCCACACGCACGCCCAGAGAAUGUGCAUCGACUCGGCCAUCGCAAUCGCCAAACUCCUCCACCUCUACGAAGCCAGAUACGGCUUCCGGCGUAUCCACAUCCAAGCCGUCUCCAUCACCUGCUCCGCGGCGCUGAUCCUCCUCUUCGCGUCCGUGUUUCACAAACAGCCAAACGGGGAUGGAGAUGAAGAUAGCGAAUUGUCCAUGUCCCGCAAUUUAACUGUGUGUUUCCGCGCGCUAGACGAGUUCGGAUGUUCAUGGGAGAGCACAAAACGCGCGCGCGACUUUCUGCUUAUACUACAGCGGCGGUGGGAGAAGAGGGAGCGGAAUUAUCAGUCUGUGAAACGGGGGGUGUCGCGGCGGGGGUCGGAUUCGAUUCCUGGGAAGAGAGCGCGGACAGGAAAUGAAUUUACUGGUGGUGGUGCUGGGAAUGGUGAUAUUGGGGAGGUGGAUCUGGGGGUUGAGUGGGUGCUUGCUCCUGGGUUGCCGGGUGUUGGUGUGGAUGUUUCGGGGAAUUGGGGGAGUGGGUUUUAUCCUGUUUGAUAUAUUCUAUAUUUUAUUCUGUAGACAUAGUUGUUGUAAUUGAAUAGUACUCAGUUGUAUACAAACCAACCAAUCAC